AUGUAUGAGUCCAAGAUAAAUUUCACUCUGGAUACGAUUUGUCCUUGGACAUACUUGGCCAAGCGAAGGCUUGAUGCUGCUCUCCGAAUGAUCCAACAAGACCCCGAAGCAGCCAACACAACCCUAUCAAACCUCUCCUCCCUGGACCCCUCAGAAAUGAAAUCCCUCCACGCACCGCACACAUCUCCAGUCACAGACCAUAGCGGCAAAGUAACCUUCACAAUAACCUACCUCCCCUACCUCCUCUACCCAGACGCCCCCACCGAAGGCCGCUCCAAACGCGACUGGUACCGCGCCUCCCGCUACGGCGACACCGACGAGAAAUGGACGUCCUACAUGAUGAUCAUGACGCAGCACGGCAACGACGCGGGGAUUGAUUUUGAUUUCGGCGGGACAAUAGCGAAUACGCUGCCUGCGCAUCGGGUGUUGCAGUAUUUCCAGACGAAGAAGGGGGAGGCAGUGGCGGAUAAAUUGGUGGUUGCGUUGUAUAGGAUGUACUUUGAGGAGGCGAGAAGUCCGAGUGCGAGAGAGACGUUGAUGGCGGCGUGUAAGGAAGCGGGGAUUGAGGAGGGAGAGGCGGAGAGGGUGGUUGGUGAUGAGGAUGUAGGGUUGGAUGAGGUGAAGGAGUCGAUUAUGGAGCAGAAGGGGAAUGGUGUUGAUGCUGUGCCGGUUGUGGUUGUUGAGGGGGCGAGGAAAGAUGUUACUGUUACAGGUGCGCAGCCUGUUAAGGAUUAUGUUAAGGCGUUGAGGGAGAUUAUUAACCUUCCUGAACUUACAAGCAAGUCGGCACAACACAUUAAGAUGGCGGCAGAUGAGAUAAUGGCAGAAGAACCUCGCCAUAUCCCAAGGGGAGUGAUGUUGGGGGAGAACACAUCUAGCACUAAGGAUGAGGUCGACAUGGCGUCAAUAGGCUCAGAUUUGGCUGCCGACUUCGACGAAUCCAAAUGCAAUGAGCCUCCAGACUCCCAGAUACUUGAUACCAGUCCUAAGUCUGAUUCGAGGUACGUAGGCAUCAACUCGAAGACUUUCAAACUAGGAGGAGAUCCAGCCGGACCAGCCUGUCCACGAAAACCAGAAAGUCCAAAGACCAGCCCCCAUUCGAAGAAAGCGACGAGACCUUCCAACCAGACCUCUCCCCUCUUCAAAGACGGCAUCAAGUUAAAAUAUCAGCCUCCAGGAGAAGAUUCGGUAUUCUUGUCCUAUCACAACGGUAGCCUCUGUAAGAAAGGCAAAGAGAUUCCGAAAACAUCCUAUAUCAAGCCGAAGAAGAAGGAGUAUAAGGUACAGAAAGGUCCAGAGAUGGAAGCUGGCCAGAAGUUAUUAGGGUACUGGGUUCCUCAAAUUGAAGAGGGCGCACGACGCAUGAAGGAUAGGAUGGUCGAGUAG